GCGGCGAGGAGGAGGAGGGAGAGGGAGGAGGAGGGGGGGGGGCUGAGAGUUGUGAGUUCAGCCGCCGCUGUCGCUGCCAGCUCGGACUCAUGAUUCCCAUAUGCCCGGUGGUGUCGUUCACCUAUGUGCCCAGCCGGCUGGGAGAAGAUGCCAAAAUGGCCACCGGCAACUACUUUGGAUUCACCCACAGCGGGGCUGCUGCACAGUAUAGCCAGCAGCCAGCUUCGGGUGUAGCGUAUUCCCAUCCAACUACAGUUGCUAGCUACACUGUCCAUCAGGCUCCAGUCGCUGCCCACACCGUUACUGCAGCCUACGCUCCAGCAGCAGCUACAGUUGCCGUAGCCAGGCCCGCUCCAGUAGCGGUUGCGGCUGCUGCGACAGCUGCUGCAUAUGGAGGCUAUCCCACUGCGCACACCGCUACAGAUUAUGGUUACACCCAGAGGCAGCAAGAGGCUCCACCACCACCACCUCCUGUCACAACACAGAAUUACCAGGAUUCCUAUUCUUACGUUCGAUCUACUGCCCCAGCUGUAGCUUACGACAGCAAACAAUACUACCAACAGCCUACAGCAACUGCAGCAGCUGUGGCUGCUGCUGCCCAACCUCAGCCUUCAGUAGCCGAAUCAUACUACCAGACAGCUCCAAAAGCAGGAUAUAGUCAAGGGGCGACUCAGUAUACCCAAGCCCAGCAGACACGACAAGUGACAGCUAUUAAACCUGCAACCCCAAGUCCAGCAACAACGACAUUUUCUAUAUACCCGGUAUCUUCUACUGUGCAGCCAGUAGCUGCUGCAGCUACUGUUGUUCCAUCCUAUACUCAAAGCGCGACGUACAGUACAACAGCGGUUACUUAUUCUGGUACCUCUUAUUCCGGCUAUGAAGCUGCAGUUUACUCGGCUGCAUCGUCCUAUUACCAGCAGCAGCAGCAGCAACAGAAACAGGCAGCGGCAGCUGCUGCUGCUGCUGCUGCAACAGCUGCUUGGACAGGGACCACCUUUACUAAAAAGACACCAUUCCAAAAUAAGCAACUGAAACCAAAACAACCUCCCAAACCACCCCAGAUCCACUACUGUGAUGUUUGUAAGAUCAGCUGUGCUGGACCACAGACUUAUAAAGAACACUUAGAAGGCCAGAAACACAAAAAGAAAGAAGCAGCCUUAAAAGCUUCCCAGAACACCAAUAACAGCAGCACUUCUGCUCGUGGAACUCAGAAUCAGUUGCGCUGUGAGCUUUGUGAUGUGUCUUGUACAGGGGCAGAUGCUUACGCUGCUCAUAUCCGUGGAGCCAAGCACCAGAAAGUAGUGAAGUUGCACACAAAACUUGGCAAACCUAUUCCCUCAACUGAACCAAAUGUGGUUACCCAGGCUACUUCCUCAACAUCCACAUCUGCAUCCAAACCAACUGCCUCUGCGUCAAACAUAACAACUAGCAGCAGUACUGUAAACUCCUCUGUUGCGUCCUCUGCAGUGAAAAUUCUUACUCCCACCGCAAACACACCACUUAAUACUGCAUCCAACAACAAAACAUCUUCAACCGCUGCUAAUAUAGCUGUAAAGAAAAUAUCUACACCGAAAAUAAACUUUGUUGGCAAGUACAGAAGUGGCAAUAAGCUUCAGACAACGGGAAGUAAACUGGAAGACAUGAAAUCGGCUGAAAGUGUUAAAACAACUCCUGCUGCUACAGUACAAACGCAGGAAGCAAAACCAGACACAGCAGCUGAACCAGUGACUCCCACAACUCUUGCUGCCUUGCAGAGUGAUGUCCAGCCAGUGGGCCAUGACUAUGUGGAGGAGGUAAGGAAUGACGAAGGAAAGGUGAUCCGCUUUCACUGUAAACUAUGUGAAUGCAGUUUUAAUGAUCCUAAUGCCAAGGAGAUGCACUUAAAAGGGAGGCGACACAGACUUCAGUAUAAGAAAAAGGUAAACCCAGAUUUACAAGUAGAAGUAAAACCCAGUAUUCGAGCAAGAAAAAUUCAAGAAGAGAAGAUGAGGAAACAGAUGCAGAAAGAAGAAUACUGGAGAAGACGAGAAGAGGAGGAACGCUGGAGGAUGGAAAUGAGGCGCUAUGAAGAGGACAUGUACUGGAGGAGAAUGGAGGAAGAGCAGCAUCACUGGGAUGACCGUCGCAGAAUGCCGGAUGGAGGAUAUCCUCAUGGUCCUCCAGGACCUCUAGGCUUGCUGGGAGUUAGACCAGGAAUGCCUCCUCAGCCCCAAGGACCAGCUCCUUUACGCCGCCCUGACUCCUCUGAUGACCGCUAUGUGAUGACCAAACAUGCCGCUAUUUAUCCAACGGAAGAGGAACUCCAGGCAGUCCAAAAAAUUGUUUCUAUUACUGAACGUGCUUUGAAACUUGUUUCUGACAGCAUGACUGAUCUUGAAAAAAACAAGAACAAAGAUGGGGAUGACAAAAAAGAUGGCAGUAAAGACAGAGCUUUGAAAGGAGUUUUACGGGUAGGUGUUUUGGCGAAAGGUUUGCUACUCCGUGGAGACCGAAAUGUCCACCUUGUUUUGUUAUGUGCUGAGAAGCCUUCAAAGUCGUUACUCAGUCGUAUUGCUGAAAGUCUCCCCAAACAACUUGCAGUAAUAAGUCCUGAGAAAUACGAUAUCAAGUGUGCAGUCCCAGAAGCAGCAAUUAUUUUAAAUUCGUGUGUGGAACCCAAAAUGCAAGUUACUAUCACACUGACAUCUCCAGUCAUUCGGGAAGAGAACAUGAGGGAUGGAGAUGUAACCUCGGGUAUGGUGAAAGACCCACCGGACGUCUUGGACAGGCAAAAAUGCCUUGACGCUCUGGCUGCUCUACGCCACGCUAAGUGGUUCCAGGCUAGAGCUAAUGGCCUGCAGUCCUGUGUGAUUAUCAUACGUAUUCUUCGUGACCUCUGUCAGCGGGUUCCCACUUGGUCUGAUUUUCCUAGCUGGGCUAUGGAGUUGCUUGUGGAAAAAGCAAUUAGCAGCGCUACUGGACCACAGAGUCCUGGGGAUGCACUGAGAAGAGUUUUUGAGUGUAUAUCUUCAGGAAUCAUCCUUAAAGGUGGUCCUGGCCUUUUGGACCCUUGUGAAAAAGAUCCUUUUGACACACUUGCUGUAAUGACAGAUCAGCAGCGAGAGGAUAUUACUUCAAGUGCACAGUUUGCACUGAGACUCCUUGCAUUCCGUCAAAUACACAAAGUUUUAGGAAUGGAUCCAUUACCACAGAUGAAUCAACGCUUCAACAUACAUAAUAAUCGUAAAAGGAGAAGGGACAGUGAUGGGGUUGACGGAUUUGAAGCAGAGGGGAAAAAAGACAAAAAAGAUUAUGAUAACUUUUAAAAGUGCUUGUCAUCAGUGCUAAGAUGGGAGGUAAUAAGUCCAUUUGUUGCCUUGCUUUUACUUCAUUCAUAAUACUGUCUGUUUAAAACAUCCAAAACCAGCUCUGGAAUUAGAGUUGGAAGAGUACAAACUAGCUCCUCUGUGAUAUUCUGGAUAUUUUAAUGGAUGUACUGUACCAGACAAAUUAUGGAUGGAAGACUGCAAAUGGAAACUCUGUCCUAGGAAAAAAUACAUUUCCCUUAUUGCGUUUUCUUUAAAUGUGUUGCUAACUUCAGUAACUUUUCGUCUUUUUUUUUGGUCUUUUUUUUUUUAUUAACAAGUGCGUUGUCGUCUUACCUUGACUGCAUUUAAUGCAGCAUUUGUGCUUCUGUUGCUAUGUGUAUUUUGACUUUUUAUUUAGAAGUUUUUUUGUUUGCCUUUGACACUAGUUGUAUAAGUUACUUUACCUUAGAUGGUGUAAACUGUUCCGCUUCCAAUUAAUAUGUUACAGGACUUUUUUUUUUUGUAAAGUGAGACUGCAGGAUUUUUGGGGUUUUUUUUUCCUGAAUGUGAAGGGGUUACAACACAUAAUUAUCCUGUCAUUUGAGUGCUCAGAAUUAAAUGUUUUUGCCUAUCUUGUGGCAUUUGUCUCUUUAGUGUGAUAUAACAGUGUAAUUAAGACAAAUUUGUGUUAAUCUAAUCAAGUUUGCUGUUAGUUGUGCAUUAGCAGUAUAAAAGCUAAUAUAUACAGUAUGGUCUUGCAACAGUUUAAAAGCAGCUGCAUAAUUGAUCAAAGUUUUGCAUGACGUUUUUGUUUCUUAAUAGAAGGGCUUUUGGAACUUUCAUUUUAGGUUAAAUGCGUAGGUCUUUGUAUGAUUGACUUUGUGAUAUAGCAAGGCCAAAAAAUAACUUUCUGAAUUUCUUUUCUCAACAUUCAAGCAAAAGUAGGCAUUUCCCAUUUGGACAAAGUCAUUCUUUUCAGUCAGCUUUGUCAACAUGAUAUUAAUGCCUCUCAGCCCUUAAAAUAAAUGUUUGUCAUAUCAGUGCCUGUGAGGUUAUUCCUUAUAGCUAUUCCUGUAUAAACUUUCUGUGAUUUUUUUUUUCAAUAAUUCAAAUUUUCGAAGUGAAGUAUUACUGAAAAAGUGAAGGUUAUCAAAGAAAAAAACCCAGAAAAUUAUUUGAUGUGGCCAUAGUGUAUGCUUAUGUCUCUUUCAAAACAGCUAAAUAUAGCAGUGGUGUAAGUACAAUUACAUCAUACUGUUGAUGUAUGCUCUGGUACACGGGUGUGAUUUGUUGUCACAGCACUACAGUGGAAUACACGAAUAAAAACUAAAAUUUA